GAAGCUCCCAUAUUUGAGUUUAAUCAACUAAGUACUUUAUUGCUUUGGGGCUCAGAUAAACUCAAUGGUUUCUAUGUUGGAAAUCAUACUCUAGCAUGCCCAUCUUUGAGGAAAAUUAAUGUUACUGGUUGUAUAAAUUUGAAUUUGUUCAGAACUCUGUCUACAAAAAACUCCAAUUUUCGAGAUGAAGAACAAUCGGUUUCAACAAAGCAACCACUUUUCAUUGCCGAAGAGGUGAUUCCAAACUUGGAGGAGUUGAGGAUGGAACAGGCAAAUGCUGACAUGAUAUUGCAAACCCAAAACUCAAGUGCCCUCUUUAGCAGAUUGACCUGUGUAGGCUUGACUAGCUAUAAGAUUGAAGGGGCUAGAUUUCCUCAUUGGUUUCUUGGAAAUGUGCAUACUCUUGAGUCACUAAUUGUUGAGGUGAGUCACUUCAAGGAGAUAUUUCAAGAUAAAGGAGAAAUAAGUGAGAAGACUCAUACACAAAUAAAAAAUCUGUCAUUGAAUGAAUUACCUAAACUUCAACAUAUAUGUGAGGAAGGAUCCCAAAUUGACCCAGUUCUUGAGUUCCUUGAAUGCUUACUGGUUCGUAGUUGUUCUAGUUUGUCAAAUUUGAUGCCUUCCUCCGUCACCCUUAAUCAUCUCACUAAGUUAGAGGUAAUGAAAUGCGAUCGGCUAAAAUAUUUAAUCACAACUCAUACAGCGCGAAGUUUGGGUAAUCUCACAAUGUUGAAAAUAGAAGACUGCAGUUCACUUGAAGAAAUAAUUACUGGAGUAGAAAAUGUUGACAUUGCUUUUAUAAGUUUACAAAUUUUGAAACUGGAAUGUUUGCCAAGCCUCGUCAAAUUUUGCUCUAGUAAGUGUUUCAUGAAGUUUCCAUUGUUGGAGGAAGUAACUGUGAGGGAAUGUCCUCGCAUGAAGAUUUUUUCAACGGGAAACACAAGUACACCAAUUCUUCAAAAAGUUAAAAUUGCAGAAAAUGAUGAAGAAUGGGUAUGGAAGGCAAACCUGAACGAUACAAUAUACAACAUGUUUGAAGUUAAGAUCGGAUUUGGUAGUUUCAAGCAUUUAAAACUUUCUGAUUAUCCUGAGUUAAAAGAAAUGUGGUAUGGUCAACUUCAGCAUAACACAUUUAGGAGUUUGAAGUAUCUAGUUGUUCAUAAAUGUGAUUUUUUAUCAGAUGUGCUUUUUCAUCCUAACUUGCUAGAAGUGUUGAUGAAUCUGGAAGAAUUAGACGUUGAAGAAUGUAAUUCAUUGGAGGCAGUUUUUGAUUUGAAAGGUGAAUUUGUCAAGGAAAUUGUUGUGCAGAAUUAUAGUCAAUUGAAGAAAUUAAAACUAUCUAAUCUUCCAAAACUGAAACAUGUAUGGAAGGAGGACCCACAUUACACUAUGAGGUUUCAAAAUUUAAGCUAUGUAUCUGUUGUGGAAUGUGAAAGCUUGAUAAGCCUCUUUCCACUCUCAGUGGGUAGAGAUAUGAUGCAACUUCAAAGUCUUCGAGUAAGUAAGUGUGAGAUUCAAGAAAUUGUUGCCGAGGAGGAAGGAAUUGAUGAGAUAGUUCAAUUUAUGUUUCCUCAUUUAACAUCCAUUACACUUGAUUGUUUGACCCAACUGAAGGCAUUCUUUGUCGGGGUCCAUUCCCUUCAAUGUAAAUCAUUGAAAACAAUCAUCUUGUCUGGAUGUCCGAAAAUAGAGCUAUUUAAGGCAGAAACUUUGAGACACCAAGAAAGUUUCAGAAAUGAUGAGCAAAAUAUCUCAACAUAUCAACCUCUUUUUGUGAUCGAAGAAGAGGUACUUACAAGUGUGGAGAGUACACCUCGAUUUAGCCCGCGACUCAAAGAAUUGAAAUUAUGGCAGUUGCACAAGCUUAAAUAUAUAUGUAAAGAAGGAUUUCAAAUGGAUCCUUUUCUACAUUUUAUUGAAAGCAUUGAUGUUUACCAGUGUUCCAGUCUGAUAAAGUUGGUUCCAUCCUCAGUUACCUUUAGUUACAUGACCUAUUUGGAGGUAACAAGCUGCAAUGGGUUGAAAAAUUUGAUAACACACUCAACAGCAAAGAGUCUUGUCAAACUCAUAACAAUGAAGAUUACAAUGUGUAAUUGGCUUGAGGAUAUAGUGAACGGUAAAGAAGAUGAGACAAACGAGAUAUCCUUUUGCAGUUUACAAUAGAUAGAACUAGUUUCUUUACAAAGGCUCUGUCGAUUUUG